UGAUGCCCAUUUGAUUGAUCAGAAAACUUACACAAUAGAUAGAAAUUGAAAGGUGUGAGAGAGGCUUCAAAGUCCCCAAAUCAUCUCUCUCUCUCUCUCUAGCACUGAGCUAACUAUGGCUGUAGCUCAAGUUUCUUCCUCUCUCUAUACUUCCAUCCAUGAUUGUGCAGGUUUUUGUGCGUGGAGGACAGCAAGAAGCCCUGCCAUUGCUCGGCAUCCCGUUGCAAAAAUGGCUCCAAUUGGGACUGCCUUUGUCUCCGGUUCUCCGCUUUUGAUAUGGAGAACUACUCGUCAAAGGAAAUUUGCAUACAAAGCUACAUCAGUUUCCAUUAGGAGUGAGCAGAGUACCAAGGAGGGCACUAAUUUGGAUAUAUGGCUAGGGCGGUUGGCGAUGGUUGGCUUUGCAGUGGCUAUUAGCGUUGAAAUAGCCACGGGCAAAGGACUUUUGGAGAAUUUUGGUCUCACAAGCCCCUUACCAACAGUGGCCUUGGCAGUUACAGCUUUGGUGGGCGUUUUGACAGCAAUAUUUAUCUUUCAAUCUGCCUCUAAGAGUUGAUCACUUUGAAGUUGCUGCUUGGUGGUUGUAAAGCUUUUGAAACAUAUUCUUAAUUACAUUCUUGUUCAUUUAUGUAAUUGCAUAUCAGUACCUACAAAAAUGACGACAAUUGAGAAUGUAAAAGUAACAGAGUCAUCAUUCAUGUAAUGCCAUGCCUCUGCAGUCUGAUUGCUGUUUCACUGUCAUGAAUGCUCUUAGAAGAAUGGUCAACAAGAAACAUUCUGAUCCUUCAAUAGAUUGACUUUUCAUCUUAGUUGGAGCCCA